AUGAAGGAUGGUUUGCUCUGCAAGGAAAAUACCGUCCCAGAGCCAGACGUUUUCGUGAAGAGAGAGACGGACACGCAGAGUGACAGUGAGCGCUUUCUACGAGAUAAGCCUGAUGUUCACGACAGGGAUCACUUGACUAACAGAAUAGGUGAGAUUUAUAAAGAAUCUACACAGCCGGGAAGGUAUAGCUACAUAUGUAGCUAUGACAAUGCAUAAAGUGCAAGAAAAAUGUUCGUUUAUGAAAGUACUCUGCUGACACAUACUGAACAACUGCUAUGGAGAAUGGGUUAUUUGCAUAUUUGGAGAUUUCAUAAAAGUGACAUAUUUAUAGAGAAUUGCCGAUCUGACCUAAAAAAAAAAGUGCCACAGAAAUUCCCCCGCAGCAGGAGGCUUCUGACAGAUUAAGCAAGUUCAGACUGGCCGAGCCUAGUGGGUGAUGUAACUCGCCAACAUCCCUGGUUUGGACCAUCAACCCCUUUUAGGCAUUGAACACCUAGUACCGGUAUGGAAUGUCCAAGGGGCAGAGGUUGGACCCCACUUACUAUUAGUCCCCUCUACCUUAGUAAACAUCAGAUUGAGAAGGCUCCUCGUUGACCAAGUAGUGGAAGAGAUCUCUGAUGUUGCAAGUUCUCAAUAUGUUUGAGAAAGGGGAAAGUCACUGACAUUCCUUGAACAAAAAAUAAAAUAAUAUUAAGAGUACUUUCAAUAGUAUCACAGUAAUAUGUAACAUGCCCAAAAACCCAACCUGAUUUCAUGUUUUUCUGUUUUUUGUUUUGUAUAGAAAAGAUCUACAUUAUGAAGGCUGACACGGUGCUUGUGGGAUCGAUCUCAGAAGUUCCAAACCGUCAGAUAACUGUAUCCAGUGAUUCUGAGAGUCAUUCAGCUCAAAUAACUGUAUCGAGCGAGUAUGAAAGUCAUUCAGAUCAAUGUAAAGAGAACACAAUGUUUGCGUCACAUUACCCCCAACAGGAAUCCGGCAAAGGUCCAGUAAAUGACCUCAGGCUUUCGAUUGAAGAGGAGGGAAAGACCAAAAAUGAUUCUUCGAGUCUGUGUGUGUGA